AUGAGUGGCUUUCUAUCAAUAGCAACAAAUUCAUACGGCAUAGUACUCGGACUUAUCUGUUCCGGAAUUUCUUUCGUUCAGUAUUUACCUCAAAUUUAUACUACUUGUAAAAUCAAAGGACUAGGCACAUUAUCACUUGCAAUGCUCCUGAUGCAAGCACCUGGUGGUCUUGCUAAUGUAUAUCUUAUUGCUUUUGUUAAUAAAAAGAAUUGGUCAACAUGGCUACCGAUUUUUGUUGCUGCCUGCCAACAGAUAUUGUUGAUUUGCAUAAUUAUAUUCUUCAAAUGCACAAAGAAAGAUUAUUCUCAUCUUUCGGAUUCUCUCCUUGAUUCAACUGAUCAAUCCAUUACAAACUAA